UUGAACACUGGCCAGUCUCCGCCCUCCUGUUGGCGUUGCUUGGCAACCAGAGCGUCCUUGCCUCUCUGCCCCCUAACCUGUACAGUAAUGGGAGCAGUCAAACUAAGUGCGUUCUAACUUCGUGGCCGGGCCAAACUUCAGCUCAGUAUCCGCGGCUCCAGGGCCGGGAACCCUACACCGCCGUCACCAUGAUCUCCACCCAGCUCAGUGGCGAUAUCUUGAAGCCACAGUUCAUGGAGCAGCUGCAGUACCUUAGUGAAAAAACCAAAUGUCAUGAAGAGAAAGACAGAUGUGACCAUCUCUCUGCCUGUCUGCUGCUUUCCUCUAAGCUCAUCCAGAAGAAACACUCCCAACCUGCAGAUAAGCCCCUAGGAAGGCCCAAGACUGCUAUGGCAGCAUUAGGAGGAAGCACAUGGGAUCCAUACGAAACAACUAUGAACCGGGAAUACACACAUAAAACCUCAUCAAUACAGGCACUUCGUCCUCAGACAUCUAAAGCCUACAGGAACCCUUACAGGCUUACAGACCCAGUGGGGAUGAGUAUGUACAGUGAUGAGUUUGGCUGGAAGCCAUAUUCCAAACCAGAACUGAUAAGGGCAGCAACAUCUUCAGGAAUGAGAAGUAAUAAUCCCCAGGCAAAUGAGGCUUUUACAGUUUGGAAGCUGUCUCGCGAGGAACAAAAGGCUGCUUUUGACACCUGCUCUCCUUUGAAAAUCACCCCAAGUGCAGAAGAUUUCCAGAGAGCAAUGAAGGCCCAGUUCUCUUCCACUUACAGAGGAGACUUUCUAGGAAUACCCCAAGGCUUUCAGGUUAAAUAUGCCUUGACCCCUACCUUGGACUGGAAAAAGCAAAUUUCUCGCCCUCUCGAAACGGAGUCACGGUUUCAUUAUCAGAUUCAGCCACAGUCUCCUGAGCUACGGAACUUCACAUACAAAUAUGGGUGUUACGCAAACCGCCAUCUUCCUGCAAAAGGAGUAGUUCCCACUGUGCUAAAGUCUCAUAUCCAGAACCAAGAACAUAGAAAGCAGCUGACUACAUAUCAAAGGCAUUUUGGAAAAGAAUAUAUUGACAUUUCAUCACUUGUAACAUCAAUGGACCCAGAGGAACUAAAUACAUAUCUGGAUAGUGUGCCCCCUGCAGAAAGAGCAGCAGUUGAACGGAUUCUGCUUUCAGUGACAGGCCGCCGCUAUGAGAAUUUAGAGCAAAAGCCGCUCCAAUUCAAGGUUCAUAGACCCCAGGCGAAGUCUAACAAGUGAAGUCUUCAGUGCCUACUAAUAGAUUGUAGGGCUCAUUUAUGUCCGCAAGCGCAAUUGUGGUCCCUGCAGUUUUCCCACAGUCAGUUGCACAUGGUCCCCUUUCUCUAAAGGUAGUUUUGUCAAAAUACGUGCCUUACAGUUGCACUCAGCAUUGCUCAGUCCUUCCUGCCUUCCAUUCUGCUACGGCUAUUGACGCAGGGGAACCCUGGAGCUACUGCCACCUCUGGACCAGGCGGUAGCUUCAGGGUUCCCACAGUGCCAAUUGCCAGAGUUCAGUUGCACCAAAUGAAUAGGGGGCACACAUUAAUCACACACUAACCACCAAAAAUGAAACCAGUUGCAUUAAUUUUGGUGCAAAUAUGGUAAUCGCAGCUCAGUUGCAUCAAGAAAAUCAUCCAUUUGUCACUGCAAUGAAACAGGAAUUCUGCAAGAAAAUGCUGUAUUGUGUGGGGAGAAAACACAAAGAUUGCACUUGAAAUUGCACUUUGCUCACUGCACUUGCGGAUGUAAAUGAGCCCCUGUGUGUGUGUGAUACAAUUCAAUUAUUUUUCUACCUCAUGUGAUACUGCCGCUGAUUAAAUUAGGUGUCUGCAACUGGGUCUCUGUUAAAUCAACAAAUCUAAUUUCAGUUUUCUCUAAUAAAAUGUUUUAGUCUAUUGUCUAAA